AUGGUAAAAUGUUUACUCGUGGAAUACGGAACGUUUGACGGUGUAGUGGUCGUAUGGAAUUUAGUUGGCCUCAAUUAUUGGCACUUGAGAAAAAUCAAAAUAUUCUACAAAAAUCAAAUCAUUAGACUGUUGAACUUAAUACAAGAUAAUGCACCGUUACGGAUAAAAGAAUGUCACAUUCUAAACUCUGGGGCAGUGACACUUUACGCAUAUGCUAAAGUAAAGUAUAUUUUAAACAAAGAAUUUCGGAAAAAGAUUCAUUUUCACAGACCAAAAUCGGCGGAAAUUUUCAAAUUUGUGCCUAAGGAUAUUAUGCCAAUGGAUUUUGAGGGAGGUUGUGGAUUGAGUCAUUCAGAACAAUCUGAGACAACUUUGGAACUAAUGAAGUCUCUACGCGAUCGGUACAUGCCGGGUGAUAUUCUUAGUUCUGAUGAUAAAGACCAAGAUGAAAACCAAGAUGAAGACGAUGAUGAAGAAGUUCCGUUAAUCGUCUAA